GCUUAAAAAUAAUAAGAGCUUAAAAAUUUGCAAUGUUCCUAUGGAUAAACGGGUUUGUGUCGAUGUAAUCGUGUGGUUUUAGUUUUGUCGACAACGUAACCGUUUCAGUGACUGUGCUUUAUUAUGAAUGAAAUAGUUCUCCCGUCAGUCACAAUGACAAGGAGCUAUCGAACGGAGCACCGUGAUUGGUUAAAUGCUGUUCAAGAGGCGGAAUGGGGCUUCGUGAUUGGUCGAUAGCUGUCGAUGAGGCGGGAUCAUUUUAGCUGAGACUGUCAAGAUUGGCAAGAGCUGGCGCUGCUGUGUGCAGGUAAAAGGAGCAAGCGACAUAAAGCAGAAAACACUGGUAGAAGGCGAUGCAUGCGAUGGAGACGGACCGUCCGGUGAAGCCUUUUCUUGCGGCAGAAGCUCUAAAGUAAGACAUUUAAGUCGGUGCAAGCCUAACACCUUCAGCUUUUUGGAAGAAAGUGCCGUUGUGUCAACCAUCGUUUAGCUCCCGGACACGCUUUGUAUAGCGAGCAACUUGGACAGCUGCAGGCUUUCCAGCCAGCCAUCAACAAAGAAUGAAAGCAUUCAAACGAGCUCUGGACGACGAGCAUCGCCCAGAGCAGGAGCACUCCUCGGCUGUGUCAGACAGCGAUGAUGGCUCCCCGCUUGACCUGUCAGGAACAGGGCCCUGUGGUAAGCGGCGUCGCCGAGGCAACCUGCCCAAGGAGGCGGUGCAGAUUCUGCGGAGCUGGCUGUACGAGCACCGCUUCAACGCCUACCCGUCAGAGCAGGAGAAACUCAGUCUGUCAGGCCAGACCAACCUCUCUGUGCUGCAGAUAUGUAACUGGUUCAUCAAUGCACGUCGCCGCCUUCUCCCUGACCUCCUUCGCAAGGAUGGAAAAGAUCCCACCAAGUUCACCAUCUCCCGCAAGGUGGGCAGUAAAAGUGAAGGCCACUUGUCUAAUGGAGGCGGAGCCGGCUCUCCAGAAAGAAACUCUUCCACCAGCUCGUCUCAACAGCGCCCUUCUGUUAUCCGCUCUGCCCCCACACUGGACCUCAGUCUUCUUGGGAACACAGCGACAGCUAUUCUGACAGGAGCAGGCUACCCUGAUAAAGGAGGAUCAGUCCAGGCACUGAUGAGGCUGGAUACACAGAGUUUGCUGAAGGAAGCAGAGGAGCGAGGGGCUAAUAUAGCUUGUCUCACCAGCACAACAAUAGCAGCUAGCCCCACCACUGGCCUCUUCAACACCCCGCCCCCGACUCCUCCUGAGCUGUUCCCCACCCAGGACUUCAGCGACUUGAGGCUGCUAGUCGAUGCAGCUCUGCUGAGGGCAGCAGAGCAGGAGGACCUGAAGAGAGUCCAGGAGAGCCAGAACAAACCAACAGAGGCUGUAAAGACUGAGCUGGUGGAAGCACAGUGUGUCACCUACAGCAGCGACAUGGGCCCCACGCCACCUCCAGAGGACAGCCAGCAAGUCAUGGAUGCCUGCAGGGUGCAGAGUCUGAUGGAGAAGGCUAUGGCAGUUCCUGUGUCAGCUGAAACUUCAGCAGAGGCUGCAGUUCCUCAGUCCUCAGCAGCCUCGGUACUAGUUCCAGCUCCAGUCUUGGUCUCAGCCCCAAGGCUCUCUCCUAUCCAAAUGAAUAAAUUUAUUUGGAGUCCCUUGGAAAAGGACACAACCAGAGCUUCCAGCCCAAACCAGCCUACGCUCAUCCCAGCCCACCUACCAACUUUAGUGCCAGUGUCAGCUUCAGGUUUUGGACAGCUGAAUUCUCAGAAAUCAUCUGCUGCUCCAGUCGUUACCUCAACUUCAUCAUCAGCUCUGGCUCCACUGCCCACUGCAUCUCCUGUGAAUGCAGCAUUGCCAGUAACAAUGCCAGUCUCAGUGCCACCACCAGUCUUUGUCCCAGCUUCGAGUUCUGCCUCUGUCCCUGCCUCAAGCCAAGCUUCAUCCUCAACUGUAGCACUUGUUCCAGCUGCUCCCUCUCCAACCAUCACCUCUUUCACCUCCCCCAGAGGAGUCCCACUCUACCUUCCAUUUCACAAAUCUUUAAUCCCAGUCACUCUUCCAUGUCCAGCACCUGUUUUGUCCUCAGCAUCAUCUCCAGCCCCCGUUUCCUCCGCAGUCUCUGCUUCCGUUCCAGCCUCAGCGUUGACGUCCUCCUCUGCCCCCACCAUCACGCCUCUUCUGGGCCUUGCGUCCCACCUUACUCCUUCUCUUCGGCCCUGCUCCGCAAGCAGCAGUAGCACCCAGAGGAAUUCAGCUGUGGUGCCCAGUGUUUGGAGUAUGGUGCAUGCUGACACUAGGCAACCUAGUUCCCUUCAAGUGGUAAAGACCCCCAUUGCCACAGUGUGGGGUCCACAGCACAGCCUGCAUACGCCCAUGAGAGAGCAGGAAAGUAUCCAGUAAUUGUACAAAAUGUCAGUUGGUGUAAUUAGCAGCACCGGCAGAGUUGGCCUCUUCAGUGGCAGUACUGGACUUUAUUGAAUGUACUAAAGGCAUUGACAUCAUUCUUGUCCAGGAGACAAAGGUGAAUAUUGGGUUUUAUUUCUGUGUACACCAGCAGCUUCAUUGCAGUUUAUAGUUGUGUGGAUUCUCAUGAUUUAAAAACAGUUGUCUGUUUUUGACUCCACUAUGUUUCUCCCCUUCUUUUUUUGUGGUGGAGAUGAGCAGGUGGGAGAUUGAUUGUACUGCAGAGAGCUUUACUGACUGUCCUCUGUGUCUGUCUCUGCCCCACCCCCCCAUCCCAUCAUGCUGUCUUUUUAUAGCUAAGUAAAUUCAUUGGUGUGCACAAAUUUUCAUCUCAGCCAUUCAACACAUGCUCUCAAGUACCACUCGUUUCUUUGUUUGCAUUUCCAAUCUAGAAUCGUGUUUAAACAAACAAGAAGUAUUUUCUCUGUCCGUUAUUUUUUUUUAUGUAACCUUGAUCGGUUGUGUACAAUUUGUAGGGAUUGUUGUUGAGAGGGAGGGUUGUGGUUUGAUUGGGAUAAGGUCACACUGAAUUUGUUACAGAAAUCAAUUUCAGUGAGCAGCUUGGUGAUCUGGUGACAUCAAGCUCCUGCAGUUCCUGAACUGAAACCUAAAACUCGUUGUGAGACAUGGCACCUUUUUUUUAUUUUUUUCUGGUGCAAAAUACUUUAAAUAUUGGACUCUUUUAUUUGGGAGAUGGAUGAAUGAUACAGAUGUCUCUGACGAUUUGGGACCCUAGGGUUUGGCCAGUAUAUUUCAAACCUGCAUGUCUUCAUAGUUCGGUGUCUCGGCAGAGCAAAUCCUGCAGAUGUAAUAAAAUAGCUGAUGAUGAUUAGCUUUUUUCCCAGGAAGGUACAACAGUAUAAAACGUCUUUUUUUUUUUCCCAUCAGUGCUUUCCACUUGUGUUUUUAGAAAUGGUUUCUCUAGGGCUUCUAAUCAUUCAUAACGCUGUAGUUUCCAUGAAACUGUCUUAGCACAAACGAUAUAUGGCUGAAUGCCACCUGGACAUCUGCUAACAGUAGCAAUGUGUGGGAAAGUUGGCUCUCCAUGUGAAUAAUACUGUAGCAGACCUGUCAUGUUUACCCAUGUCACUGAGCCCAGGGUGGUUCACGCGGUUACAUUUUGCAUGUGCAAGAAGCUGGAAGAGACGGAGCACUGACCCCAGCACCCCCACAUCUGUCCAGCUUCUUGUUCAUGGCAUGUUUUGGAAACUCCAACUCUUCUGUUUCUGUCUCCCUCACUGCCUAUUGUUUACUGUACAUGUCAGUGGAGAGUUGUUUUGUUUUUUGUUUUGUUUUGUUUUUUUUACACAGGUACUUGCUAGACUGAUACCUCAACUUAUCCAGGUCAUGGCAGGCUUUGGUCAUAUGUAGAAUUAUAAGUAUUAAAGUAAUAUUUUUAUUAUUCAUACUACAUCGUGCCACUGUGACGACACCUGUGAUACUGGAAAUGGCUGGUUAAAGAUUAGGUAGGCAGGUUUUAUAUAACAAGGCUUAUAUUGGGUUUUAGUUACAAACUGUUGCUCCAAUCAGAAGAUAGUGUAAUAAUGCAUGUAAAUAUUUUCAAGGUCUUUUGUUUUUGGUUUUGUAUGUAUUGGCAUGAACUUUAUCUCAAACUGUGUUGUUCCUUCACAGCCAAAUA